CACGAGGCAGAGAACACCUUCUUCUCCGCCUGAAGCUGAAGGACUUCAACAUCAUCGACACGCCGGAGUGGGAGGCUUCGGCACGCGUGGAGCUGGUGCAGCUGAAGAGGGAUGCUGCGAGAACGUUUGCGAUGAAGAUCCUGAAGAAACGUCACAUCGUGGACACGAGGCAGCAGGAGCACAUCCGCUCCGAGAAGCACAUCAUGACCGAGGCGCACUCGGACUUCAUCGUCAGGUUGUACCGGACGUUUAAAGACAGUAAAUACCUGUACAUGCUGAUGGAGGCCUGUCUGGGAGGAGAGCUGUGGACCAUUCUGAGAGACAGGGGUUCAUUUGAAGACUCGACCACCCGUUUCUACACAGCGUGUGUGGUCGAAGCCUUCGCCUACCUGCACACCAAAGGCAUCAUUUACAGAGACCUGAAACCCGAAAACCUCAUCCUGGACAGCCGGGGAUACGCCAAGCUGGUGGACUUUGGUUUUGCCAAGAAGAACGGUUUCUGUAAGAAGACGUGGACAUUCUGCGGGACGCCGGAGUACGUGGCUCCGGAGAUCAUCCUCAACAAGGGUCACGAUGUCUCGGCAGACUACUGGUCUCUGGGCAUCCUGAUGUACGAGCUGCUGACCGGCAGCCCCCCUUUCUCAGGUCCGGAUCCGAUGAAAACCUACAACAUCAUCCUGAGAGGCAUCGAUAUGAUCGAGUUCCCCCAGAAGAUCCCCAGGAACGCCGCCAACCUCAUCAGGAAGCUCUGCAGAGAUAAUCCCUCCGAGAGACUCGGAAACCUGAAGAACGGAGUCAAGGACAUCCAGAAGCACAAGUGGUUUGAGGGUUUUAACUGGGAGGGCCUGAGGAAAGGGACUCUGACUCCGCCCAUCAUACCUGAUGUUUCCUCUCCGACCGACACAAGCAACUUCGACAGUUUCCCGGAAGACGCAGACGAGCCGCCACCGGACGACAACUCCGGAUGGGAUUACGACUUUUAGUCCAGCUCGCGUCCAAACCCAAAAGCCUGACACUGUUACGGCUGGCAUCGUCGAUAUCAAAAUCUGGGAAGAAGACGACUUCCUUCACCACCAGGCUGACGAAAGAAACAAAGAUGAGCUCGAUGUGCCAUUUGGAGGAACGUCUUACUUACGCUGAGCGCCUACUGUGACUUUUCUUGUGUUGUUUAAAGCAUUAUUGGACCCUGUAGGAAUCAAACGCCCAAGUUUUGUAGCCACAUUGUGUCCCCAAGGAAUUUCAGUACUGAGGGAAAGGACUGGAGGUCUCUCAAAGAUCAAACUUGUACCGGAGGAACCGUGAGCUGCAAAAACACCUGAAAACUGGAAGAGAAAGGUGUUUGUAGGAAUUAAACCCUCAGUUUCUGUAGCCACAUUGUGUCCCCAAGGGAUUGGAGUGUGCAGACGGCAGCAGAUGGAGAAGGACUGGAGUUCUCUCGCUGAUCAAACUGGUCCGGUUUGGUCCCUCUAACCGGAGAAACCGUAAGCUGCCAGAACACUAGAGCUGGAAGAGGAGGGAAUGAUUCAAGGAUUAAUCAAACCCCUGUUUCCAAGACCAGGUCUGCUUGUUUUUCAAGUCCCUCAGAGUAGUUAAAAGGUCUUCGAAAUCUCAGAGUGACACAUGCCUGUUUCAAAGGGGUUCAAGUUUGUUCUUGACUUUUAUGACCUGAGAAAGUUAUCCUCCAGAUUUUAGAAAGCUGUCAGAAUUCUGUAACAUAAUCACUCCAUCCGCAAAAAUGUGCCCAUGGGGAAGAAAGUAAUGGCAAGUGUUUUCCUGGGAGUGUUUCCUUUCAAAGUCAGGUGGUUCUGAACCCAGAACAACCCUGAUUCCUUGGUUGUCUAGAGCUGAACUUUGGGUAUGUUCAUCCAUCAGCAGUCAGUCAUGCUGUAAGUCAUAUAUGUUGCUGCAAGACAACUGUUUAUCAUUUCUUUGAAUCAGUCUUAGAGUAACGCAUAUGUGGUCAUACUUUGGGUUAAAGAGUACAAGCAUGUUUCUAACUUUCUCGACCGGGGUGAAGUCAUCCAAAGCCAGCUCUUUCACAUGUUAGACAGCUGUCAGAACUCUGGAACAUUAUCACCUCGUGAACACAAAUGUGCCAACGCUUUAAAAAAAAAAA